AUGCCCUCCUUUGCCCAUCUCCUCCUUCUCACCCUCACCCUCACCUUCCAAAAUCGUCCUACACCUGCACUAUGCAUUGCUGACCACCCACAUGCCACUGCCAGCACCACACAGCCUCAGACAUUCAUCCUGGUUCUCAAGUCGCCUGCCGAGGCUGGCACCAGCGAGGACGAGCACCGGUGGUGGCACGAGACUUUCAUGCCAUCCCCUCUCGCUGGCUCCGAGGAGCCGCGGCUCCUCCACACCUACACCGAGGUCUUCACCGGCUUCGCUGCCAGGCUGACGGAUGCCGAGCUCGACAUGGUGUCCAAGAAGCCCGGGUUCCUGCGUGCCUUCCCGGACCAGAUCUGGCACCCUGCCACCACGCACACUCCCGAGUUUCUGGGGCUCAAGAGAGGCAGUGGCUUGUGGAGGGACGCCAGCUACGGCAAGGGCGUGAUCAUCGGGGUUUUGGACACGGGCAUCUACGCGCAGCACCCUUCCUUUGAUGAUGCUGGCAUCCCGCCGCCGCCGUCAAAGUGGAAGGGUUCAUGCCACGGCGCUGCUCGGUGCAACAACAAGCUCAUCGGUGCCAAGUUCAUCAACAGGUAUGCAAAUGACUCUAGCGAUGACACUGGGCAUGGGACGCAUACCUCGUCCACCGCUGCUGGCAACUUCGUCAGUGGUGCAUCGGCCCAUGGCCUCGGCAGCGGCACAGCGGCCGGGGUUGCUCCAGGUGCACACCUGGCCAUGUACAGAGUGUGCACAAUCCAUGGGUGUGCACUCGCAGACAUAGUAGCCGGGUUAGACGAAGCUGUAAAGGACGGGGUCGAUAUCCUAUCGCUAUCCCUUGGCCCCUUUUACAAUGUUAACUUCAGCGGAGACCCGGUCGCCAUUGGCGCACUCAGUGCGGUAGCAAAGGGCAUUGUUGUCGUGGCUGCAGCUGGGAACAAUGGACCCAAGUCAUUUGUUGCCAACUCUGCACCAUGGUUGCUCACAGUCGCAGCUGGCUCAGUGGACCGUAGCUUUGAGACUGUUGUGCAGCUGGGCAACGGGGAUCACGUAAAUGGGGAGGCUUUCAACCAGAUAUCCAACUCAAGCGCCAACCAGUUUCCUCUUUAUUGGAACAAACACUGCAAGUUGCCUGCAAGAAAUGUGUCUGGGAAAAUCGUCGUUUGCCAUAACACAGGAUCAAUGAAUAACACAGGAUCAAUAAACAACACCGACAUCAGUGCCAUCAUGAGUGCCGGGGCGGCUGGCAUAGUGCUGAUCAACAGGAAAGAUGCCGGCUUCAGCACGCUCCUUGAGGACUAUGGUAAUGUUGUUCAAGUGACUGUGUCUGAUGGCAUGAAGAUCACAGAGUACGUCAAGACAACAAUCAAAGCCUCUGCCGCAGUCAUCUACAAAAACACAGUUCUGGGGGUCCGUCCAUCCCCAAUGGUUGCAGCAUUCUCAUCCCGUGGUCCUAGCAGGUUCAGCCCCGGCGUUCUGAAGCCGGAUGUAUUAGCACCUGGCCUCAAUAUCAUUGCUGCAUGGCCACCACUCACCCUGUUUGGUUCUGGGCCAUUCAACAUUCGAUCAGGGACGUCGAUGUCAACUCCGCAUGUCAGUGGCAUCGCUGCGCUUGUUAAGUGCUCCCAUCCUGAGUGGUCCGCUGCUGCGAUCAAGUCGGCCAUCCUGACAACAUCCGACAUUAUCGACAGCACUGGUGACCCGAUCUUGGAUGAGCAGCAUCAGAGGGCAACAGCAUAUGCGAUGGGUGCUGGCCAUGUGAAUCCUACAAGAGCUACUGAUCCGGGUCUAGUUUAUGACACUGGCAUUACUGAAUAUGCCGGCUAUAUAUGUGCUCUCCUUGGUGAUCAAGCCUUGGCAGUCAUUGUGCGUAAUCCGAGGUUGUCCUGCAAAAUGCUUCCUAAGAUACCAGAAUCGCAGCUUAACUACCCAACCAUAACGGUGCCCCUCAGGACAAGGCCAUUCACAUUGAACCGGACUGUGACAAAUGUGGGUUCAGCCAACUCAGUGUACACACUGAAGAUAGAGGUUCCUGAGAGUCUUAUAGUGUCUGUCUACCCAGAGACAUUGGUCUUUUCCAAGGCUGGACAGAAGAUAUCGUAUACCAUAACGGUGAGCAGCCAUGGCAAUGCCGGGGAAAAGAUCAUGGAGGGAAGUUUGAGCUGGGUGUCUGGGCACUAUGUUGUGCGAAGUCCCAUAGUUGCCGUUGCUGGUCUGCUGUAAUCAGGAAGAAUAUGUGUGCCAUGAGAUGUUGGACCAUCACCCAUAUAUACUCCUUCCUUUAGUUAUGGUCUAGAGCAAUGACUGUCUUAAGUCUUUUAACUAGUAGGGUUUCCAUGCCUGUAAAAUAAUUGAAGUUUGGACGUGGAGCUUCCGUUGAUCUGUCGUAGAACUGACCACACAUAAACUGCGAGUAUGUGAUGUGGUCUGCAUCCUCUGUAA